GCUUGCGGGAGAUGACACGAUGUGGUUUCUAUCGAGCGUUGUUCUGUUCACCAUCGUGUCCUACGGGGCAACAGCUCUUCAGCCAAGGACCGACUCUGACAUUCUCGCCUUGUAUCCAGAAUGUGCCCAAAACUGUAUCCAGGUCCACCUCAUCGACGAAUCUUGCAUGCAAUCCAGCAAUGACUGGGCAUGCCUCUGCACUAACCAAGUAAACCACACACUCUCUUCGUCCUUCUACCACUGCCUCUUGCAGUUCUGUUCCAUCCGGCAAACCCUCACAACCCAGAACAUCACAACUAUCAACUGCCAUCUCCCCACGAGGGACCGCUCCGCCCUCCUUCUCCGUGAAAACAUUGCACUCCUAGUCUCCACCCUUCUGCUAACCACCUUGCGAACUUUAUACAAACUCUUUGUCCCCUUUCCGGCCCACCCCAACACCGACAGCUCCUCGCACGGCUUCUCACGACCGCCUUCCCAGUAUCUGCCUAGGUCACAGCGCCUACACGCAGACGACUAUGCCCUCAUUUCCAUAACUCUUCUCGGUCUACCCAACCUAUUGCUCGCCAUCUUCCGCCUCCAUCCCUUGGGAGUAGGCCAGGAUGCGUGGACUUUGCCUUUGGACAACAUCGCCAAAACGGUGCGGUACGGCUACGGAAUGGGUGUUGUUUACUUUCUACAAGUUGCCCUCACCAAAGUGGUGUUUCUGCUGUUCUACCUCAGGAUCUUCCCGGGAAAGGUGGUGAGAAGGGUGCUAUGGGCAACACUUUCUGUCUGUGUGCUGUUUGGGUUGGGCAGUGCCAUUGCUGGGGUUUUGCAAUGCACUCCGGUGAAGUGGUGGUUCGAGGGCUGGGAUUAUCGGGAGGGCAUACCGGGGGGAGAUGCGACCUGGGAAGGAUGGGGAGAAGAUGGGGGAGGAAGGAGACCUGGGAGAUGCAUAAACAGGAAGGCCUUCCACGUCGCUGCGGCAGUGAUCAGCAUCUCCAUCGACAUCUGGAUGUUGGCUAUCCCGCUGUGGUGUAUCAGGGGACUGAAGAUGAGUGCAUGGAAGAAGAUGGGGGUGGCGGGGAUGUUUGGCAUCGGGAUGCUUGUCACAAUCUUCAGUUGCAUCCGAUUGCGUGAACUGACUGUGUUUACGGAAACGCCCAACCCGACGCAAGCACUGUUCGAUGUCGAUCGGUGGUCUACGCUGGAAGCGGCGUCAAGUAUCUUUUGCGCUUGCAUGCCGACGCUGAGACAAAUGGUGGUUAGCGUUGUCAGUCUUGGGAGGAGGAGGUUUGGAAAGAGGGGUUCGUCAAGCGGUGGCAGCGGAAAGGUUGGAAGUUCGAGUACCUCUACAGUCGCUCUAGGGAUCAACUCACGAUAUUCUCGCUCAACAGAGGAUCCUAACGGUUCGCAACAUCGCUUCUCGGAUACCCCCCAAGAGAAACUACCCGACACAGAGCAACCCGUCCAGGAUCCUUCCCAUGACAUGUCAGAAAACCAUGAUAUCCGCAGCGGCAAUAGCAGUAUUAUGUACACGGUCGAAUACAGCGUCGAAGUGGACAAUAGUCCUGCCAGUGCCAUCACUCCUGAAUCGGGACGGCUAAGUCCCCCACCGUACACGUAUGGUAACGGCCCCCAAGAUCCCCCGGGAGUCAACGACAACUGCGAAAAUUAUCGAGCGUGUGUGGUGUCGCGAAACUUGGGGAGGAUCGGCGGAGGAGGAGGAUCGCUCAGGAGGCAGAGUAUGAGUCCGAGGUUGAGGGUUGUGGCCUGAACUUUGUGCUUUGCGUCGACUGGGCCGCCGCGAUGGCUUUCGCUCGGAGGAGUUGACUGUUGAGGAAUAUGUCAGCACGGUUCUGUUUCUCCAGUCUAGGCAUGUUACAAAGGCUUCAGCCUCCUUUGGGGGUUGGUUGAUUCAGCCUCGCCAUAUGGUCUUUCUAGGUACCUAGUCCACGACAGAUUGAAGCAGGCAAAAGGCGUCGACUAGUCGAGAUUGGCCGAUCGCACAAGGAGCAACAACUCACGAACCGUAUCGAGUCAGCAGAGGCUGCAGACGCAGAGUCAGAAGUUGAUGCUUGUUACUUUGCCUUUUCCUUACGUUCCAGUAGUUCUCUUCCGAACAGCUGCCAGGUUCAGGACAUUCGGAUCG